UUCCGGCCGGCUUGACACUGGUGUGGAAAAGAUGGCUGCUUCGGCGGCAACGGGGAGUUCUUCCCCAGGUUUGUGUCCAAAUUACGCCGUGAUUUGCUCCUUCCUGGAAAGGUACGGAGCGUUGUUGGACCUGCCGGAGCUCACCUUCCCCCAGCUGGAGCGAUCCCUCCAGGACACAUCCUCGGUCCCGAAGCUGCUGGUCGACCUCCACGUGAAGCUGCUGAGGAAGAUCGGCAAGUCGGUGUCAGCAGACCGGUGGGAGAAGUACUUAGUGAAGAUAUGUCAGGAGUUCAACACGACGUGGGCGUGGGAGCUCGAGCAGAACGGAUACCAGGAGCUGACCAGCGAGUGUAAGACGGGGAUCCUUAAAUAUUUGUGCGAGUGUCAGUUUGACGAAAAUGUCAAGUUCAAAACGGCCAUCAACGACGAGGAGCCGGAGAAGAUGCGUCUGCAGCCCAUCGGCCGGGACAAGGACGGUCAGAUGUACUGGUUCCAGCUGGACCAGGAGGACAACGUGCGCGUCUACCUGGAGGAGCAGGACGACCUGGACGGGUCCUCGUGGAAAUGCAUCGCCAAAGACAGGAACGAGCUGGCCGAGGUGGUGGCGCUGCUGAAGACACAAAUUGACCCCGAGCUGUUAAAAAGAGAUCAAGAAAACAAACCCGAGGGCGAAGUCAAAAAGCCGGAGGACACGUCCGAUGAAGACGGCAAAGACUCCACCAAGGCCGGCGCCGCCGUCGGCCCAAAGACGGAGAACGACGACAUGAAACCAGAAGACCACAAGUUGUCUCUGAACGGCAGCCGUCCAGCGGAGGUCCGUCCGGGAAAGUCUUCGGGGGAUCUCGACAUCAGCGCCAAGACCCACAGCAUCAAAGAGGAGCCGAUGGAGGCGUGCGACGGCAAAGCCAGCGCGCCCCCCGCCGCGGAGGCGCCGCGCGGCCCCGUGAAGGCGGAGAGGGCCGGCGAGGCCCCCAAGGUCAGCGCGGAGGAGGUCCAGCAGGCGCUGAAGGACGACCAGCAGGCCAAGAUCCCCCUGAAGAAGAGGGGGAUGAAGUUCAGCGAAGACUUCGAGAAGAACAGCGCCAUCGUGGUGCAAAACGCGCCGCUUCCUCCGCUCAGAGAAGCCCCCAGAGCGGACCCCGCCCCCAGAGCGGACCCCUCCUCUGACCCCGCCCCUAGUGCGGACCCCGCCCCCAGAUCUGACCCCUCCCUCGAGCAGACCACACCACCGCCGGUUCUAACGGUGAACGGGGACGUUCAGCCCGGACCAGAGGUUGUCCUCCGGGGACACGCGGCGCUGAAGGACCCCCCCACUGAAGCCGGUGGGUCUGCGGCGCGGCGGCCGGGGGACGGCGCCCUGCCGGACCGGCGCGGGAAGGAGGACGGCCGCGGCGAGGAGACGCUCGUACCCGACAGAGGAGACGCGGGCGAGAAGCCCCCGGAGGCGGCGUCCGAGCCGGCGGGCGACGCACCGACAGGAAGGACGGCGUCUCCGGCAGAGACCAGAGACGAUGCACCGGGGCGAGAAAGACUGGAAGAAACCACAAAAGACCCGAGUGAGACGUCAAAGGAAAGCGGAGACGUCGAGUCGAAGGGUUCCGAGUUAAAAGAGGCGUCCAACGUGUCCACGUCUGAGGACAAGCUCAAAACAACCGAGUGUGGAGACAAAGACACUCCGAAGAAAUGUGCUGACGCCGCGUCCGUCAUCAAAAAGACGGAGGGACCAGCAACCAGGGAGACACCGGGAGGACGGUCCACUGCUGGAGAGGCCGUCGGGUCCUCCGUCAUUAAACACGCACAGCGGCCCGAUGGCGUCCCCCGUCCAGAGACGAGGACGGAGGGGGAGGCCGGCGCAGCCUCUGGGGACACGGAGAAGAGUAAAAACCCCGACGAGGGGAAGAAGACGUGCGGCCGAGAAGACGGUCCGAUACGUGACGUCUCCAAGAAGAGCGACGCCACGCAAAGCGCCCGAGAAGAAGAAGCAAUAAGACACCAUCCAAAGACCCGAGAAGAGGACAAAGCUGAGGCUGCACAGAAGAGGAAGGAAGCUUCUGGGGGGGAAGAUAAACUAUCCAGCUCUGUGGAGGACAAGACCACCUCUAAAGGAACUGAAAGAUGCCGCACGGGACAGGAAGUGGACAAAACCGAGGCCGAGCGUCCAUCAUCAUCAUCAUCAGCAAGCAAAAAGGACACGGACGUGAUAGAAAAGGACCCCAACAUUGAAAAGAAAAAUGAUACAGAUAAGGAAACGAAAAAGGACACAAACCAGGAAAUGAAAAAGGACAUAGAAAUUGAGAAGAAAAAAGACACAAACACGGAGAAGAAAGAGGACAAGGACACAGACAUUGAGAAGAAAAAGGACAAAGAGACAGACAUUGAGAAGAAAAAGGACAAAGAGACAGACAUUGUAAAGAAAAAGGAGACAGAAAGAGACACAGACAUUGAGAAGAAAAAGGACAAGGACACAGACAUUGAGAAGAAAAAGGAGACAGACAUUGAAAAUAAAAAGGACACAGACAUUGAGACGAAAAUGGACAAAGAGACAGACAUUGAAAAGACAAAGGACACAGACAUUGAGACGAAAAAGGACAAGGAGACAGACAAGGAGAUGAAAAAGGACAAGCGGGUAGAAAGCAAAGAGCAGAAAGGACCUGAAACCUCGCCCGAGCUGCAGGAAUCUGCUCCUCAAACCGCCAGCAAAGAACCCGAAGACGAGAAAGACGUCUGCGUGGACGGGGAACCCGGCGAGGACGGCGGCCCUAAAAGCAAAAGCCCAGACGAGGUUUCGGCGGCUGUGAAGGACGUGGCCAACGGCGGGAGGCCGACGCGCCGCAGGUUCAAUCCCAGAGGCCACCGGAGGAAAGCCCAGCUCCAGAGGGACGAGAGCCCGGGGGACACGGAGUCCGUCCCCACCGCGGGGAGGUGUCUCCGCAGGUCCGCCAGGAUCUCCAGGCCCACGGCCAAGGCGGCGGAGAUCCACGACAAGAAGGCGGAGAAACCCACGGCCGAGAAGGACGGAGACGACGAGGCUGAGAAAGAGAAGGUGGUGGAGGAGGAGGAGGAGGGGGGGGGGGGAGGGAAAGCGGUGCAGAAGACACCCAGAGAGAAGAAGGUGGAUCAGGAGGGUCAGCCCAAACCAAAGGGGAGGAAGAGGCGGAGGGUCCGCUGGUCCAACACGCGCUCGCGCCGCAAAAAGAAAGGCUCCGAAGACGACAGCGACGAGGAGUCCAGCGAGGACGAAGACGACGAGGAGGAGGAGGAGAGCGAGGACGACAGCGACGAGGACUACAAGGUGGAGCGGAGCAGGAGGAGGCAGAGCCGCCACCGAGAGAGACGAAGCUCCGCCUCCUCCACGUCCUCGGACGACGACCUGCCCCCCAACGACGACCCCUGCAAACACUGCGGCCUCCCCAAUCAGCCCGAGCUGAUCCUUCUGUGUGACUCGUGCGACAGCGGCUACCACACGGCCUGCCUGAGGCCUCCGCUCAUGAUCAUCCCCGACGGAGAGUGGUUCUGUCCGCCCUGCCAACACAAGCUGCUCUGCGACAAGUUGGACGAGCAGCUCGUGAACCUGGACGCUGCUCUGAAGAAGAAGGAGCGCGCCGAGAGAAGGAAAGAGCGGCUCAUCUACGUGGGAAUCAGUCUGGAAAACAUCAUCACGACCUCGGGGGAGGUGGAGGAGGAGGAAGAGGAGGAGGAGGAGAAGCCCCAGAUCAUCAUCAAGGAGAAGAAAGAAGCAAAGCGGAGUAAGAGCUGGGGUCGAAGGUCAACGAGGACCAAGAAAUCCAUCAGCUACAGAUUUGAUGAAUUCGACGAGGCGAUCGAGGAGGCGAUUGAGGAAGACAUCAAAGAAGCGGAGGGCGGAGGAGCUGGACGGGGCAAAGACAUGGCCAACAUCACGGGACACCGAGGGAAGGACAUGUCCACCAUCCUUGAGGCGGGCGAGGGCAAAGAGAACGGCUGCCCCCCCCGCCCCCCCGCCGGCCAGCGCAGGAAGAAGCGCCGGCGCCUCAACGACCUCGACAGCGACAGCACGGUGGAGGAGGAGGAGAGCGAGGAGGAGUUCCGCGUCAGUGACAGCUCGGAAGAAGAGUUCGUCGUGUCCGAAAACGAGAGCGAAGGCGAGUCGGAGUCCAACAACAGCGGCAGCAACGGCGACGCCAAGCGGCGAGACUCCUCCUCGCGGCGCCGGAAGCCGCUGAAACGCCGGCGAAGCUCCAGAAAGCGACGAAGGCCGAGGGGGUACUCGGAUGAUGAAGAGGAGGAGACGGACGAGGAAGAUGAGGAGGAAAUAGUGACCGAAGGCUCCAGCGAGUUCAGCGACAGCGACCUGGACGUCAGCUUCCGGCGAUCUCGCCGCAGUCAGAAGAAGCGAGUCAACUACCGCGAAACGUCCGAGUCCGGAGGCUCGCAGAACGAAACCCGGCCGUCCAAGAUGAAGCGCCGGGUUCGCCCGGACAGCUCCGAGAGCGACGCGAGUUCCUCCAGAGGCUCCGAGGAGGAGCCCAGGGACCGGGGAGCAAAGAGGAGAGCCGACUCCUCCGAGGACGAUUCUCGGCAGCGCCGCAGACGCCUCGCCCUCAAGCGGCGAAGAGCCUCCGAGGACGACGACUCGGACGCCGACUCGGACGACUCGUCGGAGGAGGAGGAGGAGGAGCGUCCGGUCCGGAAGCGCGUGAACCGCAUCGACUCGGACGACAGCGAGGAGGAGGAGGGGAAGGACCAGAAGGAGGAAACAAAGGAGAAGGUGGCGGCUGGAACCCCGGGGGAGGAGUCGAGGGCAGCGCCCCCCCCGGUGGACUGCAAGGCGCCGGCGGCGGCGCUGCCCCCCACUAACGGACAGAGCUCGAUGAAGAGCCCCGAGGGCGCCGCCGCAGCGCCGGAGCCGCCCAAAAACACCAGCGCCACACCAGCUGUUGCCAUAGCGCCCAACGGUCAGGUUGGCCAGGAGGGGGCGCCGCAGGACGAAGACGAGGACGACCUGUUGGGGGUCACAGACCUGGUGGAUUACGUCUGCAAUAACGAGGAUUUGUAAAGAGAACAAAACAAAUGUUGUACCGUUUCAUUCUUUGUGGUAUUGUAUUUUUAUAUUGCUUAACUUUAUUACUCCCCCCCCCCCCCCCCAGCAACACUUCCUUAUUGUCCUUUUCACUUGUGUCAUCUGGACCUCGAGUCUCAGCCAAGAACUGGAUCCGCCGCCCCUCUGUCCCUGUGGGACUGUUCUUCUUUGAGGGAACCAAGCAGCCGAUGCUUAUUUGUUCAUCUUCUUCCAGCUUCACUGCCAAACAUCAUCAUCUCCAUCACCUGCAGACCUUCUGCUCUCCACAUGAAAUGAGAGGUGGAGUUUUCAUUCCAACGCUCAAUGACCUUUUUUUGAAGACUAAAAUCAUGUGUAGAACAAAUUCUCUAAGGUUCUGGGCAUCUAAUUGUUAUGAAUCUUGGUGGUACGUUUUUAUCCAAAAGUAGUUUUCCAUUUUGGGAGAAGUGAUCAUUUGACUUCUUGUAGACCUGGCUUAGCUUAGCUUAGCUUAGCUUAGCUUAGCUUAGCUUAACUUAGCUUAGCUUAGCUUAGCUACUUUCUGCUUUAGCUCUCACGCACUGUGCCAUUUAAACUUAAUCUUUAGAUGAGACUAUUUAUUCUAGUCCAAUAACUAGCAUUUAAAAACGUGUCGACCAAACUUCAUCCGUCGGCGCCCCUCGAACCUUCUGCAGAAAGUAGCUUUUGUACAUUGUAUAAAAUGAUUUUAACUUGAGUGGGAACCAUCCGAGUCUUUGUUUAGGUUCACAAAUGUAAAACUCGUCAUGCUGAGCUUUAGUCUACGCUCCCGUUUUUGUGAUCUUUAUUUUUUUAAUGCAUUUCAUUUUUUGUAUAUCUAAACAUUAAUCUGUGAGCUCUCAAAAUGUAAAGUGUCUUAUUAAUUUUUUUUUUUAUUUGUACAUUGCCCUUCAGUGAAAGGUUGACACCUGCUAAAGCAUGUUGCUGAGAAAACACUACGAUCCAAAACACCCCUCUUCUUUUUGUUUUGUCUUCUCUAUUUUCAUCAUUUUGAGAUUAUUUUGGGGUCCGGUAGCUGUCAAAUGCAAACUUAAGACCCGGAACCAAAUCCUGAUCAUGAACAAUGACCAACCUGGUGGCGUAAUUUGUGUUUAAAGCGAUAAUAUCUCUGCAAAUUCUGAAUGAGGGAACAGAGACAAAAAAACAACCAAUGACUCCACGACCUCUGGAACCCGUCUGUGUGAAUAUCUGUAGUUUCUUGCUGUAAUAUAUUUAGAGGCAUUUUUUUAUAAUGGAAAAAAAAUAUAUUGGGCAAUUCUUUGGGAUUGCAGGAGUUUUUAAUGGUUUUCUUUUGUAGGGAAGUAAUCUCGGCAACAAAAGCAGAAACCGUUUUUGCAUAUUUUUAAAGAUCCUCCCGACGUGUUGUUGCAUCAGCGCUGAACGACUCCCAGGCAACGCAUGCACUGACCUAGUAAAAGGCAUGUGACAGAAGCUUGGUGCGGGGGGGGGGGGGGGGGGAGAUGGAGGAUUAUCCAGAAAAUAAUCUGGGACAACGGAAUCUGAGUCGUUUGUAGCGUAUGUUGUGAAUUAGUCUCCACAGAGGAGAAACCACUCGAUUUAUCACGCCGCGUUCACGACUCAACACCUACACAUGACUCUGGCCUCCAAGCAUGCGCACACACACACACACACACACACAUAUUUAGUCUUUAGAUUAGCAGGACAGAAGACAGAAAACCGGUAAUAAUGGCCGUGUGUGUUCUGGUGGAGGAAACGCGGAUGUCCGCUUGUAACCGUGUGUUUAAAGUUCUCCGCGGAGAUGAGAAGGUAUUUUAUGAAAUAACCUGCGUCGGAGGAGAGGAGGCCGAUGGGAUUAAAGGAGGAAGUCGGUGCCAAUGACUAAAGUGUUAAAGAGAGUUUCCUAUUUACCUCAUGAGGAACCUGGGAGGAACCGCCCUGCCCACUGUGUAUAGAUUCUAGUCCACUGGUUGCUGGUGUUUUGUCUGCUCCUUACGUUUUUGUUAACUUUACUGUUAUUUCAUAUGAAUCUGAUCUUGUACAUUUGUCAUAAUAAAAUCGGUUUCAAGCCUCA